UGGCAAUAUAACAGAUUAUUACCAAUAUUAACCAAUGAAUUACAUUACACUUUUUACAUGUUUAUUUCUGAUCGCAAUUACUGCAAAGGAAUUAAACUCACUUUCAUGUUACGUAUGUGAAAACUGUCCUACAGUAAACAGUUCAACCCCAGUGGAAACAAAUUGUCGACGAUGUUUAGUGAAUAAAACUCUACCAGAUAAUGUCACGAGGUCGUGUGUUCAGUCAUGCCCACCAGUACCAUGGACAGUAUUCCGUCGACGAACAGUGAAGUGUUGCAAAACGGAUCUUUGCAACUUAGCUAAUAAACCAGUUUACAGUAAUCUACCUAUAGUAUCUGCCUUAUCAAUAUCAGCAAUAAUUUUAACAAAUACAUUUGGGAAAUUGUGUUCAAAGUUUGAAUGAUUUCCUUUGAAUUGUACUGAUUUUUUACAUAUCGAACUUUUUCCAUGUGUAUAAAAUGUUGAGUUCAACAUUAAUUUAAUAAUAUGAUAUGACGUUCAA